AUGGCUGUAAAUAUCGCCUUAGAAACCACAAUGGGCACCAUAACCCUCGAACUCUACACCUCACACGCCCCCAAAACCUGCACCAACUUCGAGACUCUCAUCCGGCGCGGCUACUACGACCGCAUCAUCUUCCACCGGAUCAUCCCAAACUUCAUGUUGCAAACCGGCGAUCCCACUGGCACCGGCCGCGGCGGAACCUCGAUCUACGGGGAAAAAUUCGAAGACGAACUCAACCCCCCUGCGGGGAGUAAUCUCCCACCGUUGAAGCAUACCGGGGCGGGGAUUCUCUCAAUGGCGAAUUCGGGCCCGAAUACAAAUGGAUCGCAGUUUUUUAUUACGUUGGCGCCGACGCCGUGGUUGGAUGGGAAACAUACGAUUUUUGGACGGGUGACGAGGGGGAUGGGGACGGUGAAGAGGAUGGGGCUUGUGAAGACGGGGGCGGAGGAUAGACCGGUGGAGGAGGUGAGGAUUUUGAGGGGGAGGGUUUUGGAGGGGGAGGAUGGAGUGGGUGGGGAGUUGUAG